CACACACCCACUAUGCCAUUAGGUCUCGGACACCUCAAAGGUGGACUCUCCUCCAUGUUAUCCACUCCAGAAAAGAGUGCCAACACCGGUACUACCUCCGCGGCAGAAUCCAUCGAUGAUAUAGAUGAAAUCGACGGUGGCAGCCAGUCCAUUCUCAUGGGAAUCAUCUCACAGUUGAGACCAGGCUGCGACUUGUCGCGAAUCACGCUUCCAACCUUCAUUUUAGAAAGAAAGUCCAUGUUGGAGAGAAUCACCAACCAGUUACAGCAGCCAGAGUUGUUAUUAGAGGCCAGACACACAGCUGAUGCCACCGCCAGAUUUGUCGGGGUUGUCAAGUGGUACUUGUCGGGCUGGCACAUUGCGCCAAAGGCCGUGAAGAAGCCGUUAAACCCGGUUUUAGGCGAACACUUCACGUGCUACUGGGAUUUACCUGGGUCGGGCGAACGCGCCUACUACAUUGCCGAGCAAACGUCGCACCAUCCCCCGGAGUCUGCGUACUUCUACGCCAUCCCCGACCAGCACUUACGCGUGGACGGGCUUGUCAUCCCGAAGUCCCGCUUCUUGGGGAACUCCACCGCUGCCAUGAUGGAGGGGAAAACUAUCUUGACGUUUGAAGACCUUGUCAACGCCAACAAGGUCGCCGAAGCGUACGUGUUGACACAGCCAAACAUGUACGCGAGAGGGAUCCUCAUCGGGAACUUGAAGUUGGAGUUGGGUGACCAGAUGGUCAUUUCCUGUGAAAAUUUAGGCUUGGAGGCCAGAAUCGAGUUCAAGACCAAGGGGUUCAUCUACGGGACUUACGAUGCUAUUGAAGGGAUUAUCCGGGACGUGAACACUGGCCAAGAGUUGUACGAAAUCUCUGGUAAAUGGAAUGAGAUCAUGUACUUGAAGGACUUGGCCACCGGAACCAAAACGGUUUUGUUGGACACAUCCAAGGCCCAGCCGUUGCCUCCAUCGGUGAGACCUCUCUCUGAACAGUCUGAAUUUGAGUCGCGGAGGUUGUGGCACGAUGUCACGGAGGCAUUGUCCGCCAGAAACCACGAACAAGCGACCGACGCUAAAUUCAAGAUUGAAGACGCGCAGAGAAUCCGCGCCAAGCUGGGGAAUGAGGUUGUGCCGCGCUUCUUCAAGAAGACUAAGGCUGGCGACGUGUUGCCGUAUAGAAUCGCUGCGGACUUGUCUCUGACAGAUCCAAAGCAAAGAGCCCAAGCGAUUUUGGCGCUUGCUCCAAUCUUACCUGAAUCACAGUAGGCUGUGACCUGUCAAAACUCCUCGGAUUCAUGUUUUAAAUACCGUGCUAGGACGUUUCGAUAUAGGCUGGUCUUGUAUCCUCUUAUGGUUUUGCCUCUCGGUGACAUGUGCUCAUGUCCCCCUGAUAUAUCAUGGUAUUCCUAUCUAAUUCCUUUAGUUUGUUUUUUGUUACCUUCGGCUUUGGUUUCUCACUGUAAGCUGUGUUUAUUCUACUCUAAUUUUGUUGGUCUUGCAGUUAUCUUUCAAUAAAUUUUCAAAUACU